AUGAGUUGGAGGCGCCUUCCGAGCGCCAAAUUUGAUAACGCAGUACUGCGUGAACUUCCAGUCGACACAGAGCCCAACAAUUUUGUACGCAGUGCCGUGCCACGAGCAUGCUUUUCUAGGGUUGAGCCGACGCCUAUUGGUAAUCCGGAGUUGGUUAUUGUAUCCCCUACUUCAUUGCUUUUAGCAGGUAUUGAAGUUAAAAAGAGCAGUAAUUUGAAUGAAGAGUUGCAAAAGGAUGAUUUAGAGCCGAUUGAAACGUUAGUGCCCUUUUUAGCUGGUAAUAAACUACUACCAGGUUCGGAAUCUGCAGCCCAAUGUUAUUGUGGUCACCAAUUUGGUUAUUUUUCGGGUCAAUUGGGAGAUGGAGCUGCUUUAUAUUUAGGCGAAGUGGUGACUGGAAACGAAAGAUGGGAAUUGCAGCUCAAAGGUUCUGGGCUUACUCCAUUUUCAAGAUCGGCCGAUGGUCGGAAAGUAUUGAGAUCGACUUUGCGCGAAUUUCUGUGCAGUGAAAACAUGCACGCUCUUGGUGUACCCACAACUCGAGCGGGGAGUGUCGUUGUGUCCAGAGAAACGCAAGUAUUGCGAGAUAUUUUCUAUAAUGGGAAUGCCAAACUUGAGCCAACAGCAGUAGUGACUCGAAUCGCAAAAAGUUUUAUACGAUUUGGUAGUUUUGAAAUUUUCAAAGAGCAAGAUAAGCUCACAGGACUUUCUGGACCAAGUGCUGGAAUCGAGAACAAGGAAGAGAUGAUGAAGCAGAUGCUGGAUUUUAUCAUUCGUCAAUAUUUUCCGAACAUUACGGGAGAAUCAAAGUAUGAAAACUUUUUUAACGAAAUUGUGUGUCGAACUGCGAAAUUAGUGGCCAAGUGGCAAUCGAUUGGCUUUUGUCAUGGUGUUUUGAAUACAGACAAUAUGAGUAUUGUGGGAGACACGCUGGACUAUGGUCCGUUUGGUUUUAUGGAGCACUUUGAUCCGAGACAUAUUUGCAACACGUCGGAUGAUAGUGGCCGCUACCGCUAUGAAGCGCAACCUGCAAUUUGCAAGUGGAAUUGUGGUAUUCUGGCCGACCAAUUGGAACUAGUAAUGAGUCGAGCGGAUCUUGAAAAGAGUCUUAGUGGAUUCGACGUUGUCUUUCAAAACGAGUAUUUGUGCUUGAUGUGGGAGAAACUUGGUGUUUCAGGUAAAAUGGAAAAAGAUUCAGAACUGGUGAGCACACUUUUCGAUGUACUUGCUCAUACAGGUGCAGACUUUUCGUGUACAUUUCGUUAUUUAUCGACUCUUGACGCAUUUGAUACCGGGGAAUCCCGUGAAAACAUAUUAAACAAACUGACUGGUAUUUCCGAGACUUUAGCCGAGCAAAAACGCAAACUGGCGCAGGCUUCGAAGGGAAUUUCUGAUGCUCAGUAUAAUAUGAUUAUGACACUUUUACAAGAAAAUCCUGUGCGUGCUCGUCAGUAUGGGAUUACGCCUGCAUUGGUCGCCGAAAUCAAGGCAAAUCGUGAGGAAAAAGUUUUUCUAGACGCGAUUACGGAUGAGGAGCGAGCGAACACUAUUCGUACUGCAUGGGAGGAUUGGCUUGAUGUCUACAUUUUUCGUAUCAAGAAGGAAGGGAAUGCAGAUGCAGCCAGUGAUAGUCGGCGUCGUCAUCGCAUGCUCAAGGUAAACCCGCUCUUUGUACUCCGCAACCAUGUGGCUCAAAAAGCUAUCGAUUUGGCUCAUGAAGGCAAUCAUGACGGAGUUCAUCACAUUUUUGAGCUACUCACAAAUCCAUUCGAUGAACCUAACGACGAGAGUGAUCUUGUGUAUGCUUUACCCCAAGAUCCAUCCGCAACUCCACUAUGCGUAUCAUGUUCGUCUUAA